CGGUUAAAAACGAAAAGAAAAAAAAAGAAAAUGCGCCUGUGACCUCUGCAUCUCUGAAAAUCUCUCCCUCCUCUCUCUCUCUCUCUCUCUCUUUGAGGGAGAGUCAGUCCGAGCUAGACAGCGAACGGCGGCGAUGGACGACGACGAGGGGACGACGCCGCCGCCGAUCUACCGCCUCCCGGAGGACACCCUCCACCAGAUCUUCGCCUCCCUCCCCCUCCGCCAGAUCAUCGUCUGCCGAUCCCUCUCCAGAUUCUUCCUCCAAACCCUCACUUCCCCUGCCUUCCUCCGCCUCAUCUCCCCGCUCUUCCCCCUCCGCCUCCUCGCCCUCCGCCCUCCCCACCACCACCACCACCACCACCACCACCACCCCCACCACACCCACCACCAACAGCAACUCCUCCUCCCCAGCCCCUCCUCCCCCGCCGCCCUCCUCCACGCCUUCGACCCCCGCGACAACCUGUGGCUCCGCUUCUCCCUCGCCUUCCUCCCCUUCCGCUCCCUCCACCCCGUCGCCUCCUCCCUCGGCCUCGUCUACCUCUGGGGCGACUCCUCCGCCGACUCCCCCGACCCCGCCAAGUCCCUCGUCGCCUGCAACCCCCUCACCCGCCGCUUCUCCGUCCUCCCCCAGCUGGGCUCCGCCUGGUCCCGCCACGGCUCCGUCCUCGUUGACUCCGCCAACCGGGUCAUGGUCCUCACCGAGCUCGCCGCCCUCUACUUCACCGGCUCCGGCUCCGGCUCCGGAUCCGGAUCAACCCGGUGGCUCAAGUUCUCCUCCAACCUGCCCUCCAAGCCCCGCAGCCCCGUCCUGGCCUCCGACGCGGUCUACGCGCUCUGCGACAUCGGGUCUCCGUGGAGGAGCCAGUGGAAGCUGUUCUCUUGCUCGCUCAGGACUCAGAAGUCGGCGCACCACUGGAUCAGGCUGGAGAAGAACGAGUGGGGUGACGUGUUCGACAUUUUGAAGCGGCCACGCCUGGUGAAGGGCACUGAGAAUAACAUCCUGAUGGUGGGCGGAUUGAAGUCCUCGUUCGCGCUGAACGCGUCCUGCUCGACCAUCUUGAUACUGAAGUUGGAUUUGGAGACGCUGGAGUGGGAAGAGGCCGGGCGGAUGCCGGUGGAGAUGUUCCAGUGCUUCGCGGAGUCGAGCAAGUUCAAGGUGUUCGGAGGCGGGAACAGGGUGUGCUUUUCAGGGAAAAGGGUCGGGAGAUUGGCAUUGUGGGAUUGCUUUGACAAGAAAGCGGAGUGGAGGUGGAUAGAUGGCAUUCCGCCGCACGGGGACGGUUUCUGUAGAGGGUUUGUGUUCGAGGCGGGGCUCACUGAGUUGCCUUGAUCAAUCGGUCAGUGAUUGUGUACCGGUUUUGCAUGUGAAUGCUCAUUUGAGGCCGGUAAUGUUUGACAAACAUGCGAAAAAUAAUCUUUCUUGUUGUUAUUGUUGUUGUUGAUAAUGUUGUUGUAUCAGUGGAAUUUACUUGUCAACUUGUCUUCUUGUUAA